UUAAACAAACUCGUCUGGCUGCUGGUGUGGCCAGCAGUCGUCCUCAUGAUCUUCUCGUCUUUAGAUUACAAGGAUCGUUAUACUGAAGGAGAAGUUUAUAUUGCGAUUGUGAGUCCUGUGCUUGGGGUGAUCGUGUGGCUUGUGACGCAGCGGGGGCUCGACGACCCCUGGAGGAACACGCUGAUCCUCAUCCCGCUGCGGAUGUGCUUCACCGUGAGCAGGACCAUCGUCGUGUGCGCCAUCGGCACGACGUGGUUGCGCAUCGCUGUCUUUGCUUACGUCUCCGCCAAGAUCGUCGGGCUCAUCAGCAUCGCAGCCCACAUCACGUACGCCAAAGUGAGGAAAACAUAGAGCUCUACAGCGACGCGAUGGAAAAGUACACCUAUAAUUCCAUGUACGAACCUGUCGUCCAGGUCGCGGAGAGUGUGGUGUAUUGCUGCUGGGCGAUUUGGUGGCACACGUACUAUCUUGCUCCCGAUUACAUAAAGACUGGAAUCUUACUAAUGGUCAUCAUUAGCCAGGUUGCUGGCCUGACUUGGCUGUGGUUCAUGAGGGCCUUCCUGAAGGAGCCGCUACAGGAUCCAGUGCAGGUCCUGCAGAUUGUAAAGGACAGGGAGUUUAGCAGAACUUGAUUGAAAUCGUCUUUUGAAGAGACCGCAACACUUGCCUGUUUCCUCUGUAUGCCAGUUUUGCCACAAGCCAAAUGGUUUGUAAUCUUCAUGAUAGGUCUGUGUGAUGACCAGUUUACCUAUCGUUGAUUUCAAGACUGACGUGUUUCAUCCAUUAAAGAUGCGAAUCUCUGAAAACUCCCAUCCGGUUCACCGCCAUGCACAGGCUCGGCGUUAUGCUUGAUGGUCCUAGUAGCUAGAUAUUUUUACCAGGUCGAUAAGAAAAGCCACUGAAGUAAUGAAUCUCACACAUCCUAAUAAAUAAUGUUUAUUCUCAAAUCACUUUCCGUCUCUCCUUUUGGCAGUUACGCUUAAUGGAUGCGAGCUAUAACCGUGCUUUCAGUCAUGAACUUAGCAAUGGUCCUUCCCAAGUUCCAGCUUCACGCCGAGGUUCAUAUGAAUCAAACCCAUACUCUUUAUGAUUCGAGUUGCCAUUAUGAUUACCAUGCAUAAUAUAACAAGAGAGCCGAUAUUCGUCACAUAGAAAGCCCCGCAUGAACGAGUGAGAAAGGCAGAAGAUGGUCAAAGAGGAGGUGUAGAAAGACAGCUGAUGAGAGUUAAUGUGAGAGGCCGAGGUGGAGGAUUCAGCCUCAGACUUGGUUUCCAAUGUGAUAUU